AUGCCCAAUAUCAACCAGCUCUCCCUUGGACACAGCCCAGACAUCUUCACCAUCAUCUGCUGCAACGACAGCUUCCAGCUUGCCCUCGACCACAACACCAUCAAGAUCCUCCUCCGAGUGUGCAAACGGGCCCGCCCUCUCCUGAGCUCCAAGGUGGUUCGCUUCCACACCUGGUGCCAGAAGGCUGGAUUGUGUCAUCCAGAUGGACAGAUGCGGAUCGGUCUCACCCCCAGCGAGACGAUUGCGCUCUCGCUACACUGCGAGAACCAAUACACUGGCAGCCAGUCCUGGCUCGUUGCUCUGGCGGACCAAGGAAACGCAUCCGCCUCCUAUAUCAUGGCAAAGAUCCUCCAACUCGAUCUCGACCAAGACCAAGUGAAAUGGUCCGAGAAGGAAGCCACCAAGCAGCAAAUCUUCCACCAUUUGGAGAACGCCGCCGAAGCCCAACAUCCGAUGGCACAGUUCCACCUGGCUAAAGGUUAUCAUGACGGCAAUGGAUUCAACCAAUCCCCAGCCAAGGCUGUCGAGCUAUACCUCAGCCUUGCAGAACGGGGGAUCCCUCAGGCCCAAAUCUCCCUUGGUCAAAGUUAUGAGAACGGCGAAGGUGUCGAUCAAGACUUCAAUGCAGCCAUCGAAUGGUAUUCCAAGGCUGCGGACCAGAGCAGUGAAGACGGCCGCCUCCACAUCGUAUUCCUCCGAGGAUGGUUCUCGUUCAUCGGCCAUGGUGUCGAACAGAGCGAUGUCGAUGCCUUCAAUCGCUGGCAGGAAGUCAGCACCCAAUCUACCGAUCCAGUCAUCAAACCCAUCGCCACCCACAUGGUUGGCUGGAUGCACUACCUUGGCCGGGGUACUGUGCAGGACAAUCAGAAGGGUGCCAAGAUCAUCCGAGAGAACAAAUCGGAUGAGUUUCCACUGGGAGAGGACGAGUGUCUGGCAUCGAUUUGGAAUGACACCAAGUCCGACUCAGCCGCCGCACGCAAGUUCUUCGAGCUGUGCAAGCUGGGAUCAGAUCGGGACUGGCUGUGCAGGCAUCUCAUGGCUGUGUGUCUGUUCCAUGGAUUCGGAACUACAAAGGACGAUGCAAAGGCAACAUGCAUCUUUGAACAACUCGCCAAAGAUGACCACAGUGACAGCCAGUUGUGGAUCGGAAUGUGCUGCUACUGGGGUCUGGGAGUAUCGCAGGACAACGAGAUGGCAUUCGAGUGGUUCAGCAAAUCGGCCAACCAAGGCAACUCGUAUGGGCAGUGGAUGGUCGGUCAUUGCUACUAUCAUGGAUCCGCAGUCACCAAAAACCUCACCAAGGCAAUCGAGUGGUAUGACAAGUCAGCCGAACAGGGCAAUCGAUACGGACAAUGCUGUCUCGGCCUCUGCUACGAAACUGGCUGGGGUGUCCCAGAGGGCAUCGACAUCGCCAUCUUCUGGUAUCGCAAGUCCGCCGAUCAGGGUCUUGUAGCUGCCAUUGACAACCUCAAGGACCUCGGAAAAUGGCCCUGA